UGUGUCCACCCACUCACAGUGCGCCUGUUUCAGCAUGCACACCAUCGGUAUGCUAGCAGACCAUGGUCAAGCUCACUUUAUGCAUAAUUUGAAUGGGAUUCACACAGCAGUCGUCAACGAAGUGGACGGUGGAAACAAAUCUUCAACAAGACGCGGUGGAAUUAUGUUUGGAAGCGAUGAACCUGUACAAGACGGAGAGGGAGAUUGCGGAAUUGCUUAAGAAAGAAUUCGACAGACGAUACGAGGAACUGUGGCACUGCAUAGUUGGAAGAAAGUUUGCUUGCUACAUUUCGCACGAAGAACACUUUCUUGUGCAGUUCUACGUCCGUGGAACAGCUGUCGUCCUGUUCAAAGCUGGUUCACCCUGACGGUAACACGCCAUCAAAACGGGCUGCACGUUGGAUGCUCCUUUCGAUGCGAAUAUUGUCUCCUAAAUACAAUACAAAACAGUCAACUAUUUUUCUUUCAAAGCCGACCUGUUUUAUCCGCAGUUUGAAUGCUGUGUACUGGCUGAAGCUUCGAAAUAAAAUACUCUGUUUUCCUCCAUAAACC